AUGGAUGUUCCUGAGCCGGACCAGUCGCCCUUCACUGCGGUGACCGCCCACACAUCUAAGCUGACCAGGCACUAUCAAGCUUGGCUCGAUGCCUCGACUCCCUACGCUACCUACCGCUGGGUCGGAUCCGCAGUCCUUCUGCUGUUCUUCUUCCUGCGUAUCGUUCUCGCGCAAGGAUGGUACAUCGUCGCCUACACACUCGGCAUCUACCUCCUGAACCUCUUCCUCGCCUUCCUCACCCCCAAAUUCGAUCCAUCCCUCACCCAAGACGAAGGACUUGAGGACGGCGACGCAGGUCCCAGCCUCCCCAGCAAAUCAGACGACGAAUUCCGGCCCUUCAUCCGUCGUCUCCCCGAGUUCAAGUUCUGGCACUCGGCCACCCGUGCCAUUGCCAUCGGCUUUGUAUGCAGCUGGUUCUCCAUGUUCGAUAUCCCGGUCUUCUGGCCCGUGCUGGUAGUAUACUGGAUUAUUCUCUUCGUUUUGACGAUGCGCCGACAGAUUCAGCAUAUGAUUAAGUACCGUUAUGUGCCUUUCUCUUUUGGCAAGACUCGGUAUGGACGGUCAUAA